AAGCCUAAGCCUAAGCCUAAGCCUAAGCCUAAGCCUAAGCCUAAGCCUAAGCCUAAGCCUAAGCCUAAGCCUAAGCCUAAGCCUAAGCCUAAGCCUAAGCCUAAGCCUAAGCCUAAGCCUAAGCCUAAGCCUAAGCCUAAGCCUAAGCCUAAGCCCUAAGCCUAAGCCUCAAGCCUAAGCCUAAGCCUAAGCCUCAAGCCUAAGCCUAAGCCUAAGCCUAAGCCUAAGCCUAAGCCUAAGCCUAAGCCUAAGCCUAAGCCCUAGCCUAAGCCCUAGCCUAAGCCCUAGCCUAAGCCUAAGCCUAAGCCCUAAGCCUAAGCCUAAGCCUCAAGCCCUAAGCCUAAGCCUAAGCCUAAGCCCAAGCUCAAGCCUAAGCCUAAGCCUAAGCCUAAGCCUAAGCCUAAGCCUAAGCCUAAGCCUAAGCCUAAGCCUAAGCCCUAAGCCUAAGCCUAAGCCUAAGCCUAAGCCUAAGCCUAAGCCUAAGCCCUAAGCCUAAGCCUAAGCCUAAGCCUAAGCCUAAGCCUAAGCCUAAGCCUAAGCCUAAGCCUAAGCCUAAGCCUAAGCCUAAGCCUAAGCCCUAAGCCUAAGCCUAAGCCUAAGCCUAAGCCUAAGCCUAAGCCUAAGCCUAAGCCUAAGCCUAAGCCUAAGCCUAAGCCUAAGCCUAAGCCUAAGCCUAAGCCUAAGCCUAAGCCCAAGCCUAAGCCUAAGCCUAAGCCUAAGCCCUAAGCCUAAGCCUAAGCCUAAGCCUAAGCCUAAGCCCUAAGCCUAAGCCUCAAGCCUAAGCCUAAGCCUAAGCCCUAAGCCUAAGCCUAAGCCUAAGCCUAAGCCUAAGCCUAAGCCUAAGCCUAAGCCUAAGCCUGCUCAAGCCUAAGCCUAAGCCUAAGCCUAAGCCUAAGCCUAAGCCUAAGCCUAAGCCUAAGCCUAAGCCUAAGCCCAAGCCCAAGCCCUAAGCCCAAGCCUAAGCCUAAGCCUAAGCCUAAGCCUAAGCCUAAGCCUAAGCCUAAGCCUAAGCCUAAGCCUAAGCCUAAGCCUAAGCCCAAGCCUAAGCCUAAGCCUAAGCCUAAGCCUAAGCCUAAGCCUAAGCCUAAGCCUAAGCCUAAGCCCUAAGCCUAAGCCUAAGCCUAAGCCUAAGCCUAAGCCUAAGCCUAAGCCUAAGCCUAAGCCUAAGCCUAAGCCUAAGCCUAAGCCCAAGCCUAAGCCUAAGCCUAAGCCUAAGCCUAAGCCUAAGCCUAAGCCUAAGCCUAAGCCUAAGCCUAAGCCUAAGCCUAAGCCUAAGCCUAAGCCUAAGCCUAAGCCUAAGCCUAAGCCUAAGCCUAAGCCUAAGCCUAAGCCUAAGCCUAAGCCUAAGCCUAAGCCUAAGCCUAAGCCUAAGCCUAAGCCCUAAGCCCUAAGCCUAAGCCUAAGCCUAAGCCUAAGCCUAAGCCUAAGCCUCAAGCCUAAGCCUAAGCCUAAGCCUAAGCCUAAGCCUAAGCCUAAGCCUAAGCCUAAGCCUAAGCCUAAGCCUAAGCCUAAGCCUAAGCCUAAGCCUAAGCCUAAGCCUAAGCCUAAGCCUAAGCCUAAGCCUAAGCCUAAGCCUAAGCCUAAGCCUAAGCCUAAGCCUAAGCCUAAGCCUAAGCCUAAGCCUAAGCCUAAGCCUAAGCCUAAGCCUAAGCCUAAGCCUAAGCCUAAGCCUAAGCCUAAGCCUAAGCCUAAGCCUAAGCCUAAGCCUAAGCCUAAGCCUAAGCCUAAGCCUAAGCCUAAGCCUAAGCCUAAGCCUAAGCCUAAGCCUAAGCCUAAGCCUAAGCCUAAGCCUAAGCCUAAGCCUAAGCCUAAGCCUAAGCCUAAGCCCUAAGCCUAAGCCUAAGCCUAAGCCUAAGCCCUAAGCCUAAGCCCAAGCCUAAGCCCAAGCCUAAGCCUAAGCCUAAGCCUAAGCCUAAGCCUAAGCCUAAGCCUAAGCCUAAGCCUAAGCCUAAGCCUAAGCCUAAGCCUAAGCCUAAGCCUAAGCCUAAGCCUAAGCCUAAGCCUAAGCCUAAGCCUAAGCCUAAGCCUAAGCCUAAGCCUAAGCCUAAGCCUAAGCCUAAGCCUAAGCCUAAGCCUAAGCCUAAGCCUAAGCCUAAGCCUAAGCCUAAGCCUAAGCCUAAGCCUAAGCCUAAGCCUAAGCCUAAGCCUAAGCCUAAGCCUAAGCCUAAGCCUAAGCCUAAGCCUAAGCCUAAGCCUAAGCCUAAGCCUAAGCCUAAGCCUAAGCCUAAGCCUAAGCCUAAGCCUAAGCCUAAGCCUAAGCCUAAGCCUAAGCCUAAGCCUAAGCCUAAGCCUAAGCCUAAGCCUAAGCCUAAGCCUAAGCCUAAGCCUAAGCCUAAGCCUAAGCCUAAGCCUAAGCCUAAGCCUAAGCCUAAGCCUAAGCCUAAGCCUAAGCCUAAGCCUAAGCCUAAGCCUAAGCCUAAGCCUAAGCCUAAGCCUAAGCCUAAGCCUAAGCCUAAGCCUAAGCCUAAGCCUAAGCCUAAGCCUAAGCCUAAGCCUAAGCCUAAGCCUAAGCCUAAGCCUAAGCCUAAGCCUAAGCCUAAGCCUAAGCCUAAGCCUAAGCCUAAGCCUAAGCCUAAGCCUAAGCCUAAGCCUAAGCCUAAGCCUAAGCCUAAGCCUAAGCCUAAGCCUAAGCCUAAGCCUAAGCCUAAGCCUAAGCCUAAGCCUAAGCCUAAGCCUAAGCCUAAGCCUAAGCCUAAGCCUAAGCCUAAGCCUAAGCCUAAGCCUAAGCCUAAGCCUAAGCCUAAGCCUAAGCCUAAGCCUAAGCCUAAGCCUAAGCCUAAGCCUAAGCCUAAGCCUAAGCCUAAGCCUAAGCCUAAGCCUAAGCCUAAGCCUAAGCCUAAGCCUAAGCCUAAGCCUAAGCCUAAGCCUAAGCCUAAGCCUAAGCCUAAGCCUAAGCCUAAGCCUAAGCCUAAGCCUAAGCCUAAGCCUAAGCCUAAGCCUAAGCCUAAGCCUAAGCCUAAGCCUAAGCCUAAGCCUAAGCCUAAGCCUAAGCCUAAGCCUAAGCCUAAGCCUAAGCCUAAGCCUAAGCCUAAGCCUAAGCCUAAGCCUAAGCCUAAGCCUAAGCCUAAGCCUAAGCCUAAGCCUAAGCUCUAA